UAGAACGGCUUCCGGGGCGCGCGCCACCCCGCGACCCCCCAGUUUUGCGGCGGCGCGCGCCCUGCUGUUGGUCGUUGGCGCUGUCCGGAGUGCGCGCCGGACGCCCCUUCCGAGAGGAGGGCAGCCGGGCGGGCGGGCGGCCUGGCGGACGAGCGACCUGCGGAGCGGGGAAGGUUGAGGGUUGGGCCCUUGCCCUCGUGACGUCCCGGGCAGCGGUGGCCUCGGUCUGCGGAGAAACGUAGCGGCUUUGCGGUCUGGCUUGCGGCUCCGCGCCUCCGGGAGGCGGACAGGAUUGCUCGUACUAACUGAAGAAUGCUGUUACUUAAGCGAGGCCCGUGGACUGGAACAAAGUUAAAACUUAAAAAGAGGCUGAGGAUGGAAGGAACUUCUUUGUUCUAUCUUCUUCAGAAUGUUAGAAGUCUUAAGAACUCAGGACAAGCAGCAGACAUACAUGCAACAUGGUGACUGGAACCCUAAGGACUCUGCAAUAUGAAUAAUUCUCUAGAGAACACCAUCUCAUUUGAAGAGUACAUCCGAGUAAAGGCGAGGUCUGUUCCGCAACACAGGAUGAAGGAAUUUCUGGACUCACUGGCUUCUAAGGGACCAGAAGCUCUUCAGGAGUUCCAGCAGACUGCUACCACCACCAUGGUGUACCAGCAGGGUGGGAACUGCAUUUAUACAGACAGCACUGAAGUGGCUGGAUCUUUGCUUGAACUUGCUUGUCCAGUCACAACCAGUGUUCAACCACAAACUCAGCAAGAGCAGCAGAUCCAGGUUCAGCAGCCACAGCAGGUUCAGGUACAGGUGCAGGUGCAGCAGUCUCCACAACAGGUCUCAGCUCAGCAACUUUCCCCACAGUUCACCGUUCACCAGCCUGCUGAGCAACCCAUCCAGGUCCAGGUGCAGAUCCAGGGCCAAGCACCACAGUCCGCAGCCCCCUCCAUUCAGACUCCAUCUCUGCAGAGUCCCAGCCCCUCGCAGCUGCAAGCAGCUCAGAUCCAGGUGCAGCACGUGCAGGCGGCCCAACAGAUCCAGGCUGCAGAAAUCCCAGAGGAGCAUAUCCCACAUCAACAAAUCCAGGCUCAGUUGGUAGCUGGCCAAUCUCUUGCUGGGGGCCAGCAAAUUCAAAUUCAGACUGUGGGUGCUCUUUCCCCACCACCAUCCCAGCAGGGCUCACCCAGGGAAGGGGAACGGAGGGUUGGCACAGCCAGUGUCCUUCAGCCAGUGAAGAAACGCAAAGUGGACAUGCCCAUCACCGUGUCCUAUGCCAUCUCAGGGCAGCCAGUGGCCACUGUGCUGGCCAUUCCACAGGGCCAGCAACAGAGUUAUGUGUCUUUGAGGCCAGACUUACUGACAGUAGACAGUGCCCACCUGUACAGUGCCACUGGGACCAUAACUAGCCCUACAGGAGAAACUUGGACCAUCCCUGUUUAUUCUGCCCAGCCCCGUGGGGAUCCUCAGCAGCAGAGCAUUACCCACAUUGCCAUUCCCCAGGAAGCCUACAAUGCGGUUCAUGUCAGUGGCUCACCUACAGCCCUGGCAGCUGUAAAGCUGGAGGAUGACAAGGAGAAGAUGGUGGGCACCACAUCUGUAGUGAAAAACUCCCAUGAAGAGGUAGUGCAGACCCUUGCAAACUCUCUCUUUCCAGCACAGUUCAUGAAUGGCAACAUCCACAUUCCAGUGGCUGUGCAAGCUGUAGCAGGCACAUACCAGAAUACGGCUCAGACUGUACAUAUAUGGGACCCACAGCAACAGCCACAACAGCAAACUGCACAAGAACAGACACCACCGCCACAACAGCAGCAGCAGCAACUGCAGGUCACUUGUUCAGCACAAACUGUUCAGGUUGCUGAAGUUGAGCCACAGUCACAACCACAGCCUUCACCAGAGCUUUUGCUUCCAAAUUCUUUGAAGCCAGAAGAAGGGCUUGAAGUAUGGAAAAACUGGGCUCAGACCAAGAAUGCUGAACUAGAAAAGGAUGCUCAAAACAGAUUGGCCCCUAUUGGGAGGCGACAGUUGCUACGAUUUCAAGAAGAUCUGAUCUCCUCCGCUGUGGCUGAAUUGAAUUAUGGCCUUUGUUUAAUGACAAGAGAAGCUCGGAAUGGAGAAGGUGAACCCUACGACCCAGAUGUACUCUACUACAUUUUCCUGUGUAUACAGAAGUAUCUUUUUGAAAAUGGAAGAGUAGAUGACAUAUUUUCUGAUCUUUACUAUGUUCGUUUCACCGAAUGGUUACAUGAAGUUCUGAAGGAUGUGCAGCCUCGGGUCACUCCACUUGGGUAUGUUCUGCCCAGCCACGUGACUGAAGAGAUGCUGUGGGAGUGCAAGCAGCUUGGGGCGCAUUCCCCUUCCACACUUCUGACCACCCUCAUGUUCUUUAACACCAAGUACUUCCUGUUGAAGACAGUAGAUCAGCACAUGAAGCUGGCUUUCUCCAAGGUCCUCCGACAGACAAAGAAGAGCCCCUCGAAUCCUAAGGAUAAAAGCACAAGCAUCCGCUACCUGAAGGCCCUUGGAAUACAUCAAACUGGCCAGAAAGUUACAGAUGACAUGUAUGCAGAGCAAACAGAGAAUCCAGAGAAUCCACUAAGGUGUCCCAUCAAGCUCUACGACUUCUACCUCUUUAAAUGCCCUCAGAGUGUGAAAGGCCGAAAUGACACCUUUUACCUGACACCGGAACCAGUUGUAGCUCCCAACAGCCCAAUCUGGUACUCAGUCCAACCUAUCAGCAGAGAACAGAUGGGACAGAUGCUGACCCGGAUCCUGGUUAUACGAGAAAUCCAAGAAGCCAUUGCCGUGGCCAAUACAACCACCAUGCACUGAGGUGCCUCAGCUACAGGAGAAAAAUGAACCAGGAAAAACCAGAAAAAAACAGACGGACUUUCACACUAAAGGAGAGGCCUCCAUUUUUUUUUUUUUUUUUUUUUUUUUUUUUCUAAAUUUGUAGUUAUGCUUUUCAGGCUACUUCUGUUCAAAAUGUAAAAGCCGAUGUUGCCCUCUUUGCAUCUUCAUAAAAUGGGCAGACCCCUGGUUCAUAGGGAUCUGGGUUUCCUGAGAACCUGGUGUCCUGGAAAGUGGUUGGCUUUUCCUUUCUCUUUUUCUUUUGUCUGGGGGGUGGGGAAAGUGACUUGGACUAUAUGGAGAAAUACAGGCCCUUCCCUUCCUCAAGGAAGAUGAGCUGCUGAUGCAUCAACCCAGCCUUUCACUCUGGAUCGGCAAACUUUACUGACCACUCAGAGCUACAAUUAUUAUUGUUUUUUGUAAUGCUCAGACAUAAUUAGCAUCUUGAUGGAAGAAAAAUGAGGGGAACUUCAAUUAUGAUUUUUAUUAAAGACUAUUUCUAUUACACCAUUCUUUAUGACAAGUGACAUAGAUGUUAAAGUAAAAACUUUACCAUGCGCUUUUUUUUUUUUUGGCCUAACAUUGAGGCCUUAAAACUGAGGCUCCUGUGCCUGAUGGAAUUCUUGUAACAUACACUUGUGUAUCAUAUAAAGAUACCACUCUUUCUCUUAUGUAUUCUUAUUCUAGUUGUUUAUUAAGAAUGACAAGCACGUCUUUUCAACAA